ACUGAGAUGUCCCCUCGGACACACAGUGGUCAACCGACGCCGCCGGUUGGUGCCCGGAUCCUUGUCCGCCCUCCUGCUCACUCCACUCGCCUGCCAGCCGCACACCAAUCACCUCUGCGGCCGGCGGCGUCUGCAACGCCAGUCUCUGAUCCGACCCCGAUCGGCACACACGUUCUCCAUGGCGGAGCAGCUCGCAUCCCAAGAUGCUCCCAAUCCCCCUGCUCCGGCACAGAGGGUACUGAUGACGAACACGCAUGGGGAGAAACUCGUCGGCCUGCUGCACCACAUGGGGUCUGACAAGGUUGUAGUUCUCUGCCAUGGCUUUACGGGCUCCAAGGACUAUAGCCUCAUCACUGACCUUGCGGCCGCACUAACAAAGCAAGGGAUUAGUGUGUUUCGCUUUGAUUUUAGUGGAAAUGGAGAAAGUGAAGGUGAAUUCCAGUACGGCAACUACAAGAAGGAGGCUGCUGACUUGCACUCUGUUGUCUUGUAUCUUCGCCAGGAGAAGUACGACGUAGCAGCAAUUGUUGGUCACAGCAAAGGUGGAGAUGUGGUCGUUCUAUAUGCCUCUAUCUACAAGGAUGUCCCCAUGGUGGUUAACCUCUCUGGCCGGUUUCAUUUGGAGAAAGGCAUUGAGGAGCGCCUAGGCAAAGAGUUUAUGGAUAGAAUAAACAAGGAAGGCUACAUCGAUGCCAAAGACAAAUCAGGAAAUGUUUUGUACAGAGUAACCAAGGAGAGCUUGAUGGAACGGCUGAGCCAUGAUUUGCACGCAACGAGCCUUUCCAUCAGCAAAGAGUGCAGGUUCUUUACAAUUCACGGUUCAGCUGACGAGAUCAUACCCGUGGAAGAUGCGUAUGAGUUUGCAAGGCUUAUACCAAACCACAAGCUGCGUGUCAUCGAGGGAGCAAAUCACUGCUACACUGCUCACCGUAGAGAACUUUCUGAUGCCGUAGUAGAAGCCAUCACAACCAGUGAGGCAGGGGAGACCACACCCUAGAUCUGAUGCAGAACGGCAGCCUGCCUUUCCAAUCCUGCAAUGCCGCUCUUCCAUCUCAGUCACAUUGCCUUGUCACAAUUUUUAAAAGAAAACGAGUUCUUUGAAAAUAUCGUUUGAAUCUAGACGUUGUUAACUCGUUGUAUCAUGACAUCCUUAAUGCUACGUUUGGACAUCGAUAUUGGAGAGUAUGAAAUUGAAUUGGGUUGAAUACCGAAUCAGACGUGAUAAUGAAAUAAGAUGUAAUUUCAA